AUGAAAAGCAACGUGACCGUGUCAGGGGAAAUCCUGGAGAUCCAAGGCUUCAGCAUCUCUCCUGAGUUUACUUACCCUCUGUUUUUCUUACUGCUGUUUGUGUACUUCUCUCUGCUUUUUUCCAACAUUGGAGUCCUUGUGCUCAUCAUCACAGAGAAGAGUCUGCACCAGCCGAUGUACAUGCUUUUCUGUAACCUCUCUGUCAAUGAUCUGAUCGGUAACACAGUCCUGCUGCCUCAGCUCAUGGCCCACAUCAUCUCCACAGAGCGCUUUGUCACCUUCAAACAAUGUGCUUUUCAAGCUUUUUGCAGCCACACGUUCGGCUCUGCUUCACAUAUGAUCCUUGUCAUUAUGGCUAUUGAUAGAUACGUAGCAAUAUGUCACCCUCUGAGAUACAGCUCAAUUAUGACCACCAGAACUGUCAUCGGACUGUCUGUGACUGCAUGGGGGGUGUCUUUGGUGCUGGUGUCUGUUCUUAUUGGUCUCACAGUGAGGCUGUCUCACUGUAGAUCUCUCAUUCAAAAUGCUUACUGUGACAAUGCAUCCCUCUUUAAGCUUUCCUGUGAAGAUGUAUCAAUCAACAACAUCUACGGACUCUUUUUCACCGUGCUGCUGUUCAGCUGCUCCAUCGGCGGCAUAGCUGUCACCUACAUUAGGAUAGCUCUAAUCUGCUGGAUCAAGAAGAACAAAGAGCUGAAUAACAGAGCGCUACAAACAUGUGCCAGCCACCUGGUUCUGUACGUCAUAAUGCUCUGGUCAGGUUUUUUGACUAUCAUAUUACACCGUUUCCCAGAUUACCCAGAUCUCAGGAAGAUUGCUUAUAUUUUAUUUCAUGUGAUCCCGGCAAAUUUAAACCCGGUUAUUUAUGGGAUGCAAACAAGAUCAUUAAGGGAAAAAAUUACCCAAAUACUGAAAAGAAAAGUGACCCCAACCUAG